AUGCCUGUUGCUACAACUUUUGACUUACUUGCCGAAGAUGAGGCAGCAGGGGGAACUGUAUCCAAACGAUCGGAUGCGGUUCGUGUCAUCAUACCACCGAACAUCAAUGACCCGUUAAAUUUAGAUGCUUCCUCAGAUAAUGAAGAUGUUCUCACAGAUGCCCUGCAGAAGCAACUAAGACGUAACAGGAGGAGGAGGAAACGGAAACGAAGACUGUCAGAGCCAGGGAGUGCCUCUGUUGAUGGAGAAGGAAUUGAUAAUGAUGGAGGACCAGCUGAAGAAGAGGAUUUGCAAGAGGGCAUCCUGCCAGCCCCGAUCCUACCAAAAGCUCCUCUUGAGGAAGCAAUGAAGCCACUGACAGUGAAUACAGAAUUUACAACACCAACACCACAGAGCUCAACAGAAGCACGAAAGGAAUGCACAGGACCAGUUACACCAACUGGACUAAAGCCAUCAACAAGUGGUGUCACUAGACCACCAUUCAAAAAGCAGCGAACUAAGUCAGACAAUAAGAUUGUCAGUCCAGUGAUUCCCCAACCUGGAGUGGAGCGCAAGAGACAUCCAAGCCAUUCCAGACAGUAUACUGACAAGCCUCACCUCAGCCAACAGAAUUUGGUCCCUCCCAAAAAAUACAAUCCUAAGAAUGAACAUUUUCAGUAUGGGAACUAUAACAAAUAUUAUGGCUAUAGGAACCCUGACCAGACUCCAGAUGUGAGACUAGACUUUUUGAAGCGUGACUGGUUUGAGGGCAAGGAAGUGCUUGAUAUAGGUUGUAACAUUGGACAUAUAACUUUAACACUUGCAAGGGAUUUUAACCCAAAGCGAGUUGUUGGAAUUGAUAUUGAUAAAAAACUGGUCAAUAUUGCGGAAAAGAACAUCAAACAUUAUCUUCGUAAGAGUGAUGCUGAGGAAGCCAACUUCCCCAAGUCAAUGAAAUUGUUAUAUGGUCCGUUAAAACCUCCGUUACGAGCUGAUGGCAGCCGCAGCUUCCCAUACAAUGUUAAGUUUGUUCAUGCAAAUUACGUUCUGGAGUCGGAUGAAUUGCUGGAAACUGUUCGGCCAGAGUUUGACCUAAUACUGUGUCUUAGUGUCACCAAAUGGAUACAUCUCAACUGGGGAGAUUCAGGACUUAAGAGAUUUUUUCGACGUAUAUACAACUUAAAGCCAGGUGGUAGACUGGUACUAGAGCCACAGGGUUGGCCAUAUACAGCAAGCGCAGAAAACUCACAAUGUAUGAUGCAGCCUCCUUAUCUCCUUUUGGGUAGCGAUGUGUACAAUAAAUUAGGAUCCACUGCAUUGAGGUUUACUGUGAGCGUGUGCUAUUGCGCGCUUGUGACAAAUUUGAGCAUAACAAAACUACGAGAGACGGCGAGAGCGUGGCGGCGCCGUCAACCAGUGCAUCGAUGA